AAAGAAACAAAGGGAGGCAUGAAAUAGGAUAAGGAGCCUGAUCUCCCAAAACCCAGAGAGAGAGAGAGAGAGCAAAGAAGGGAGAAACAAUGUUAGCUUCAUUGUCAUCACCAUCAUCAACAAUUACAACAUCUCCAUCAGCUUUCUCUCUCCUCUCUUCCUCAAAAUCAAUCUCUUCCGCUUUCCCUUUUGCUCAGCGCCUAUCAAUUCCCAAACCCAAUGCUCCCUCAUUCUCCAUUGAGGCCAAGGCCACCACUCGCCAAGAGAGCCGAACUGCUCGCCACCAGAGAAUAAGAAAGAAGGUCGAGGGUACCCCUGAAAGGCCAAGACUCUGUGUUUUCCGUUCCAACAAGCAUUUAUAUGUCCAAGUGAUUGAUGAUACGAAGAUGCAUACUUUAGCAUCAGCUUCAACAAUGCAGAAACCUAUCUCUGAGGAAUUUGAUUACUCUGCUGGGCCUACAAUUGUCAGUUCAAAUAAUCUUGAUGAGGUUGCGAAGAAAGUAGGUGAAGCCAUUGCCAAAGCUUGCGCAGACAAAGGAAUAACUAAGGUGGCCUUUGACAGGGGCGGAUAUCCAUACCAUGGCCGCAUAGAAGCCCUUGCAGCUGCUGCUCGAGAGCAUGGUCUUCAGUUCUGAAAGUGCAAUUCGACUUGUAAAAGUAGCCUGGAUCUCCAUUUUCUUCGCACUCAUUUCUUGCAACCGUAUUUAAGAACUCUAGAAUGAUGGCUAUCUGCAAAAGAGCCAUUUUUUUAAGUGAGCGGAAGCUUGGCUUCAUGGAAUGUUAUGUUAUAUGUCUUGUGAAAAUUCAAAAUUUCUUCCUUUAUCGAGCAGUUUCCAAAAAUUUAGUGCAACAGUAAUUCUAUUGUUUGCCAUGAUUUUGCUUUAAUGGGAGUAUCAAGAUUGAUUGUACUGA